UUCAGAGGACGUGAGAAAAAAUAACUUCAUUGGUUCAUUUACAUCACUGUAUGUGUAUACUGUGUGUCUGUCUGUCCAUCCUCUUAAAAAACAAAAGAAGGUCAAAGGGAUGUGGCAAACCAUGAUGCAGCCGUAUGACAACAAUGAUCUGAGAUGAUCUGCACUUGAUUUUGCAUUAAUGGAAUCUGUUGCAACAACACUGGACAGAAUUAUUAAGUGACUAAAAAUCGUCAGGGUGAUUCCCUUUACACUUAGGCAUUACACUUAAGCAUUAUUAUUAUUUUUAUAAGUUAUGUCUGAUGGUCCCAACAGUCUUUGAGUUCAAGCGUUGUGAGCUAACAGUGUCUUUCUCCUCCAUCUUAAGGGGAUUCUCAACAUUAUUGCGAUUCUCUGAAAUCUCUAUUAGUGAUUACGGGGGUGUGCAAGCAUUUUGGGAUUUUUUUUCUUUGACGUGUAAUCGGCAAAAUCAAGGUGGUGAGAAUGUCAUUUCCUCUGUCAGCGCUAUAAGAAGACUGAUCAUUGCUGAAGCUAUGAAGACCAUCUCAACAACUGCAGACCUCAGUAGGAAUCAAUACAACCAACAUGAGGACUUUAAUGCUCUUGGUGCUGGCAAUUGUAGCUGUUACCGAAUCAAGGCAAGAUAAAAUGAAAGAAAUUCUCCUAAAGGAAAUCAUCAUGAGUGUGAACACCAUACUAAAACAAAAUUCAAAGGAGAUUCUCAACCAAUUUGUAAAAGACAUAUUUCCACAAGCGGGCUGCUCAGAGAAACACCUUUGCCAAGCAGCAAAGGUUAUGAUGCACACAAAUCUAAAGCGCACCAAGCUGCACAGACAACUGUCUGCCUACGCUAAUAAUUCAACGCACCAUCCCUGCAGCAUUCCAGCUACAGAGGAACACAGAAUGAAAGUUUUUCUGACAAAAAUCAAAGAAUGCUCCCAAGAACAACACUCUAAACUCAAGAAUGAAACAGAUGUGAAAUAACUCUAGACUUACUUCUUAGAAACACAAUACUAUAUUUUUACAUUAUUAUUUUGUAUUAAAUUUAACAUUAACAUUCAAUUAUUUUGUAUGAAAUAUAUUUGGGUAUUUGCUCAUAUUUAUAUAUUUAUUGUAUUUAUGAAUAAAAGUAUUCUAGAAUGAUAAAAAAAAUUGUGUUUGUUGUUUUUGAAAUUUGAAAUUAUUAUUUAAAAAAAACACUACUAUUUUUAC